AUGAAAAACCUUUCGGCGAACCAAGGGGAAGGUUUCUUUUCAGAACCCCACUACAUCACUUGGAUCAAGGUUGUAGCUUACACCUUUAUAAUCGUGACCUCCUUGGUGGGCAAUGGGCUCAUUAUGGCAAUAGUGUACAAGAAUUACAACCAUCACAUGAAGACACCGAACAACUUCUUCGUUGUGAAUACGGCGGUUGCUGAUAUUUUGAUCACUGUAUCCAGUUCGACAGAAGCCGUCAUCACACUGGCUGUGUCAAACUGGCUGAUCCAGGGUACUGUAGGACAUGCUUUGUGCAAGCUCAAGUCCGUCGUAAUGGUGUUAUCUGCCCUAGUUUCCACCCAAAGUUUGGCCACGAUGGCGGUGGACCGCUUCAUUGUCGUGUUCUUUCCACUGAGGAGAAUCAUUACACGCCCUGUGGCGUGCGGAAUAAUCGCGAUCAUCUGGCUCACAUCACUUGUUUUCACAGUACCGAUGAUAUUCUCAGCGAUCGUUCAAGAUAUUAAGGGCACUAGCAUUUGCUACUUGACGUUUUGGUCGUCAAAAUCAGUAGAGAGUUACUUCGUGGCCAUAUUCGUCUUGUUCACGUGCGUGCCUUUGGUGAUCCAAGGCGUGCUGUACACUGCAGUAAUGCUUAAGCUAUGCCUGCGAGAGACACCGGGGAAUGAGCUUCACAUUCCGAAUCAUCACCACUACCACACGGAAAAGAUGAACCGGAGAAUUAUUGGCAUGCUCGUGGCAAUAGUGGUUCUCUUUGCCGUUUGCUGGUUUCCUAUCUGGAUAGAAAGCAUGAUUUGUUUCCAAAACUUCUCCGACAGUGUUUGUCAGUCAACUCACAUAUACUUCAUUGUGUGGUUUUUGGCUUACAGCAAAAGUGCAAUCAACCCAUGCAUUUAUUUCAUUUUUAACGAGACUUUUCGCCACGGCGCUUCGACACUAUGGGCGAAAAUCAUUCGUGGCCGUUCCCGGGGACGCUGCGGAAUUGCCAGAAGACACAAUAGGGUAACAGCUUUGCAGAAUCGAACCGCAGGAGAUAACACUCAUACUACAACUUGAGAAGCACGAACGUAAAUACCUGAAUGUGAAUUUAAAUCAGCACAGCU